GGAUAACCCGGGGUCGCAAAAAGUCCCUACUAAUACAAUGGUACAGCCCGGGGUCAUAUUGCGCAACCCACACGAAACGGCGGUCAGCUGAGCUGAGUCCAGGUAUAACAAUAGAGGUAGAGCCACUCUCCGUAAUUAACACACCUAGUGAGCCGUGAUGUGGGGCUGUGGACAGGGAACAAGACGCAGAACAAAGCCAGGUUAAAGUUGAAGACUGUUCAAAGCAGGCAGCAAUGAAUCUCAGGCGCUGUUUUCGUGUCAUCUUUUGUCCUGGCUUCGGAAGCGAGCUGAGGGCCUUGACAAGACUUGCUUGGCCAACUACUGUAGCAUCUGUGCUGGAGUAUGUCAUGUGGAUGAUGCCCAUCCUCUUCUGUGGCCACCUGGGCAAAAUACAACUGGAUGCUAUCACACUGGCACUUUCUGUUGUGAAUGUGACUGGGAUAUCCCUGGGGUUUGGCCUGGGAACAGCCUGUGAUACCCUCAUGGCACAGACAUUUGGAUCCGACAACAAGAUGAGAGUCGGUGUAAUUCUACAAAGAAGUAUUCUGAUCCUGCUCCUGAGUUGUUUCCCCUGCUGGAGUCUGUACAUGAACACAGAGAAGCUGCUGCUGCUGACUCAUCAGGAUCCAGAAGUUGCCAGACUGGCUGGAGAGUUUGUGACUUUGUUCAUUCCUGCUCUGCCUGGAGUUUUCCUGUUUCUACUAUCAACAAAGUAUUUGAGUACACAGGGUAUUGUCUAUCCUGCAAUGUUCAUCAACUUGUUUGUGAACAUCCUGAAUGUGCCUGCCAACUACCUCUGUAUCUUGUACUUUGGUUGGGGAGUUAGGGGAGCUGCUAUUGCAACAGGGGUCACCCAAUAUUUGCUGUGUUUCUUCAUGUUUUUGUACAUACGAGUGCGGAAGCUCCACCUACAGACCUGGCCAGGUUGGAGAAGUGACUGCCUACAGGAGUGGGGUGUGUAUGUGAAGCUGGCUAUAGCAGGCCUGCUCAUGGUGUGUCUGGAAUGGUGGACAUUCGAGAUUGGUACCUUACUCACAGGACUGAUAGGGACUGUGGAUUUGGCCGCUCAGGGAAUCAUCAUGACCAUCAACUCACUCAACUUCAUGAUCCCUAUGGCUAUGGGGAUAGCUGCUAGUAUCAGGGUCGGGAAUGAACUGGGUGCUGGGAAUGCUGCACAGGCCAAACUGGCUGCUAAAGUCAGCAUCUUCAGUUUCUGUUGCUAUGCUUUUGUUGCCUCCACUGUCCUGGUGUCAUCACGUCAUGUGCUCGGCUCUGUGUUCACCAAUGACAAGGAGGUUGUGAGCCUUAUAGGAGAAGUGCUACCCAUUGUUUGUGUGACACAGCUGGCAGACACUGUACAGGCUGGUUGUGCUGGCAUACUGCGGGGUUGUGGGAAGCAGAAACUGGGUGCCAUCAUCACCUUCUCAGGGUACUACGUCCUGGGGCUGCCUUUUAUUGCAAUCUUCAUGUUCAAGCUACAUCUGGGAGUUAAAGGGCUGUACUUUGGACUGGGGAUAGCCACCAUCUUCCAGUGUGUGUCUUUCUUAAUCACCAUUGCUCGCACAGACUGGGUGCAGGAGGCAUGGAAGGCUCAGGACAGGGCUGGGGUCAAAGCUGAGGAGGAUGCCAGCCACUGUAAUGGCAGAAUGGCCAAGGAACUUGACAGAGAAGACAGGUUUCCCAAUGGAUCUUUGGGAGGGGCCGGUGCACAAGAACUGCAGAGUGUUGCAGCUACACUUGAGGACUCACAACACAGCCUCGUACACAAAUCUACAGAACAAGAGACAGAAUUCACUACAAUGCCACCACUCAACAGAGAACUGUCUGAAAUGCAGGAGGCAGACACACAACAUUUCUUACAAGAAACAGGUUCAACAGAUACUGAGCCACUGUUAGACUCUCUGACCAGUGAAGUGUCUGACACAUCCGAGGUCAUGGUUCUAAGUCUGGAGAAACUUCCGUUUAAGGUGAUGGUGUACAGAAGGCUCGUAGCUGUGGCUGCCUGCCUUGCCAUUCUGACUGUUGGUGUGGUACGGGAGUUUGUUCCCAAUCCACACUUCAGCUACCCUCCAGACUGUGUCACAUGGACUACUGUGAAUGGUUCACUGCCUCUAAACACGACGUUGCCUUGGUGUAAUACAACAGUGGCAAACAGGUCUUCCUCUGAAGUGACUACACUACACCAUUUUAGUGCAGGGCGCAGGGUCCGGCCUGAAGAAACAACCACAACUGCAACUACAACAGUUACGGCAAAAGCUGGCACGAUCCUUGAUUCUGUCGUGUCAAGGUCUCUGAGAAUGUUCAGUCACGACAGUAAAAACUCGACUUUCUUUUCUAAGACUAGCUUCAUCUGAAGGUUUUUACUGCCGAUUUAAAGUGAAUAUCUUUUAACUAAAAAGAUGACAUUUUUAACUCAGUAGGUAUUUAAAUGCUACCAGACAUCCUAAAUGAAAUAGUAUCUAAAGUAUCCAGUAUUUUUGUGUUCUAAACAGGAUUUUGAUUACAAGCUGUUGUUAAAACUUUUACAAUUCUAUUGAAGUAUUCAAAAAGCUCAUGCAUAAGAAAUUGUUGUAUGACCAGUAUGUAACCAGACAUAUCAUCAAAGGCACUGUGCCAGAUAGAAGAUUAUGGUGCUUUGCAUGAAUUGAAGAUGAUUACUCAUGCAUAUGUGUCAAAGUUUUAUCUGAUUCGACAUCCAAAUGUCUACAUUUAUGUAGAUAAGAGUAUCUACUAUGCAUGUGCAACUUUACAGUGAAGUAAGAACCGAUAUAUAAUAAUGCACAAAUAGAAGAACUAGAGUUCCGCGAUCUCAUACCUUCGCCAAAUGACUUUCUUAUGACUAAGAAAGUAUACAUUAAUCCCCCUGAUUAUGCAAAUAGCA